AUGACUUAAUUAUUAAAGAAGAACAUUGAAUCGCUAUUUCCUUAAUUUAGUGUUAAUGAAAUUUUAAGAUAAAAUGUAUACAAGAAAACAAUAUUUCUGAGAAGAGGCAACAAAAAUUAUGUUUUGAGAUUAUUUAAUUUAGAAGGUAUUAAUAAGGACAGAGUGAUCUCAAUUAUAAAAAUAUUGAAUAAAGUUUCUAGAAAGAACAAUCCUCAUAUUGUAAAAUUUUUUGAAGCAUCACAUGAUAUUGAUAAUACUUAUUUAGGGUAUAUAAUAAAAUAUAUUUUAAAGAGUUAUCAGUGAAUACAUAGAAUGUUAAUAUUAAUGUCCAUUAGAAGAAAAAGAAAUAUUGAUAAUUCUAAUUUAAGUAUUAUCAUAAUAAUAUAUAAGUUAUGUUCAGCUCUCAGUUUAUUUCAUCCAAAAAGACCUCAUGGCAAAAUACUGUUAUCAAAUUUAUUUUGUAUUGAUAAAAAUGCAGUUUUAGGAGAAAUGAACAUUUUAUUUUAUUUACAUCCUGAAGAGUAUUUGGAUAUUUAUUUAUUGGCACCAGAAUUUGCAAAAUCAAAAAUAUAUGAUUGUAAAUCAGAUAUAUGGAUGCUUGGUUUUUUAAUUUAUUAGUUCAUGUUUAAAGAAGCUCUAUUUAAAGCAAAUAAUAUUAAUGUGUUACAUAAAUAAAUCUUAAAAGGAUUAAAAUUUACAUAUAAUCCUUAAUAUAGUUUGAAUAUGAAUAAUUUAUUAAGGAUUAUGUUAUGUUAUGAUCCUGAUCUAAGACCAACAAUAGAAUCUAUAAAAUAAUUUGCAUAAACAGCUUUAGUAAGUUAAGAAAAAAUAGAUAUCUUUAAAUUAUUACCAAAAUAUAAAUUAGAGUAAAUUGUGUUACAUAAAAAAAGAGAAGAAAAAAAACCAUAAUAAAUUGAUAAUUAAAUUUACUUAAAUGAAGAUAUGUAAAAAUAUCCUUCAUUUCGACCAUCUAAAGUUUUGAAAUCCUUUAAAAAAAUAAUUUCACCAAGUCCAUCUCCAUAACAUAUUGUUGUAAAUCUAACAGAAAAGAAUGAGAGUUCAAUUAAUAAUCAAACUUAACCAUCAUAAAAUCAUAUCUCAUAUUUAGAAUAAAUAGAAAGUAAAAAGAAUUUAUCAACAACAGGUAAAAACUCUCAUUAAUCUUAAAAAUUAAUUAAUUAAUCAUAAGGAAUUUCUCUUUCAUAUUAAUAAAGUUAAAGAAAUACUUUAUAUCCUGUUUAAUUACCAAAAGUUUUAUAAUUUUAAUUUAGUAAAAUUAAAUUCAGACAUGAAAAGUCUCCAUAAAAAGAAUUAGAUGAAUCUAUGUAUAAAUUAAGUUUAAUAUUUUAGUUAAGAAUAACCUAUUGCAAAAUAUGCUUAAUUGCCUUAAAAGAUUAAUCCUAUUAAGAAAUCUCCUCCAAAAAUGUUAUUUCAUUAAUAUCAAGAUACUGUACUCAGAUCUUUUAGUCAAAGAUAAUGA